AGGGAAUCACCGCCUGCUCGCCACCUAGGUUGCAAGAAUCACUCCGCCGCUCACUUCGGCAGAAGCUCCGCCUGUAGCUCUGCAGCUGUGACUAGCGAUCCUUGUUGCUUAGCAACAGGACGCUGUAAACUUGCCAAGCUUGAUGGGGUGCGCAGCUUUUAUCUGGACCUCGGAGCACAGAGCAGGGUUGGGCCGCCCCGUAGAAUCAGCAUGGGGAAGCGCUGCUCCAGCUCCAAGAUAAAGCAGGGGGAGGCAGUGGAGCAUAUUCCGGACCAGAGUAUAGAGCUAAAGGGGCCAUUGCAGCGGUACCAGAGUAAAUGGGAUGAAACUCGUGUUAAAAUGCAACUGGACGAAUCUCAGCAUGGGCAACUGUCAAACGACAAUAUAAAAAUAUUGUCCUUUUUAGUGGAAAUGCUUAGCCAACGCAUGGAUGGACUUGCUGACCAGCUCUCAGGUGUCCAGCAGACUAAGGAUACAGAGAAGGAUGUGUAUGAAGCCCAGCUGGUAGAAGUUCUACAUGAUUUGGAGGAAAUUAAAGCACGGUUAAACUCAGUGAACAUGCUGCUAGGUAACAGUCACCCCACGUCACUAACCUUGGAAUCCAGCAUGGAGAAGCUAACAUUGUUAGAGGAGUUUAAGGUGCAGAAAGAAGAGCUUAUGGCCAAAUUUGCCUUGUUGGGGGAGAGAGCAAAACAGCUUGAGAAGAAGACUACUCUCCUGGCCCAAGACAGACAACCUGUAUCACCUGUACUAAAUGGUUUUGACACUGGACCCUUUUAUCAAACAGAAGACUUAGGGCCGGAGUCUAAACAAGUUAUGAAUAGUGUGGUGCCAUCCAAACCCAGAAGGCUAGAACCAGGAAGAUACAAUUCCGGUGUACCUGAGGUCCAUGGGCAACUAUUUUCCAAUUCGGCGAGUGAAGAGAAGAUCCAGGAAGCCCAAAAGAAAACUUACCAGAAGAUAUUUGGUUCAAGUCAGAUUUUCUUAAAUAUGGAGUAUAAACAUUUGAAGCAUCAACCUAUUUCUUUCAAUGACGUUGUUCAAGAAAAGGUCACGCAGCACCAUGAACGCGGUCUCAAGUUCAUGUCUACUCAGGAAUAUGAAAACGCAGUUGUCUCAUUCUCAAAAGCAAUUAACUUAAAUCCAGAGAAGUGGUUGGACACUCAGCAAUUUACAAAACAUGCAGUUAUUCAUUCUUCUUCUUUGUGGUUAAUCGUAGAGUUUAAUCUUACACCCCUGCAGGCUGAACUCUACAUAAAGAGAUCAGAGGCUUUUCUCCAACUUUGUGACUUUCAGUCUGCAGCACUAAAUGUACAGAAGGCCUGCUCAAUUACACAACCAAGGGAAGAGUACACUAAAUUACUGGCCUUUAUAUUUUACCUGCAGGGACAGUGCCUGUUUGAGCGGGAGUGCUAUCUGGAUGCACUGGAAUAUUUUACCCGCAGCUCUGAGCUUCAGCCAUUGAAUAAACAGUGUCACCUAUGCAGUAUCUCCUGCCUUGCUGCUCUUGGAAGAUAUGCAGAGUCUAUCCGCUUGGUUACUAAGUGGCUGGAAGAGGAACAAGGAAAUCCUGACCUGUAUAUUGUUCGUGCAAGGCUUUAUGAUUACUUAAACCAGGCAUCAGUGUGCUAUCAAGACUUACAGAGUGCCCUGUUACUGGACCCACAGCAUCCUGUAGCUUGCACCAUGCAAGAAAAGCUGAUGGCCAAGGCAGAGGAAGCAAAAGUGAAAGCCAUCAAGCAUGCAGUCCAAGGACAUUUCCACAAAGCACUCAAGAAAAUAUGCAUUGCCUUAGAAUACAGUCCAUCUUCAGCUGAGUAUCAUCUAUUCAGGGGCACAAUGUACAGAAGGCUUAAGGACUUUAGCUCUGCUGUUGAUGACCUUGUUAUGGCAAUAAAUUUGUGUGAUGCGCAGGAUCCUUUGCAAAUGCAGUUACACUCUGAAGCUGAGUUGCAACUCCAUUUCACCUAUAAUGACUUUGCUGUGCACUGUUACACAAAAGGCUUUUAUCAGGAAGGGGUUCUACUACUGAACAAGGCUCUGAAGGGAGAACAAAACAAGAAGGAGCUUUAUGUUAAUAGAGGCGACUGCUUUUUCCAGCUUGGGGAGCUGUCUUUUGCCCUUGCAGAUUAUGAGCAGGCUUUGGAGCUGGACAGCACUAAUUGGGGUAUUCAAACUCGUAUUGCCAAGCUUCUGAAUGAAUUAGGGCUUAAAGCUCAGCAGUCCAGGCAGUACCAGCAAGCAGAGUUUCACUUCUCUGAAGCAAUCAAGCACCAACCUCUCCUGCCACAGCUAUUCCUACACAGAUCUCAGGUUAGGCACUAUAUGCAGAAAACCACUGAUGCCCAGAUGGAUGCUGUCAUCUCUAUUAUUUUGCACCCCAAUAGUAAUGAGGCGCUACUGACUGUGAUGAAGUUUUUUCCAGGCAAAUCUUUGGAGGAGAUUCUAAGGAGCAAACUAGCUGAUGCUGCCCAGUGUGUGUUGCACAGAAGCCUGAGAGAACUUCCAAUGGGCUGGAGAGAACACAUCUAUUCCUUUGGGAAGCCUGAGGUUGACAUUACUGGAACCAAGAAUUUAGAAGCAAAGAUUAAUACAUGUCUGAGUGACCAGCAACUAAUGGCAGAAUUGAUUCAAUCUUGGAGAACGUAUAACUCUGAUAUCCAAGAAGUGCUGAAUUCAACAGGCCGGUUCCAGUCCCACAGCCUACAUUUACGAAAAAAAGUUGGCCCAGAAAUAAGAACACAUAGGCUUCACACACUUGGAAGACAUUUAGUUUUAGAGUGACACAUAUUGGCUGAAUGGAGAAGGAUCACAAUUCCUUACUGUACUUACCAUUUCCUAAAACAUGAUAUGGGUUUAAAAAGGAAAUGACCAUAAACUGUUGAUGAUUAAAAUAUUAGUUUAUUAUA